AGGAGAGCAGACAGUGGGGGUCUGCGUGGAAAGGACGGCGCGCCUCGAAACCACAGCAGCUGUUUCUCUUAAGUGGGGCUUUUAAAAAUCUGUUGAAGUGAGGGAUUUGCUUGGGAGGGGACGAUAUGAUGAUAGCAGUGUCUCUUUGGAUCAUUUGGCUUCUUCUGGUGUGCAAGAUGGCAUCUGGCAUGGAGUCCAUUACUGAGCCUUUGCUCAGGCCUGAACAAAACAUGACAGAGGAACAAGGUCAAAGUGAAUGUGCUAAGAUGUCCAACAAAGACAACCAAAAAAACAGAACUGGUGUUUUCUGCAAACCUUUGUGGGAUGGAUUUUUGUGUUGGGAUGAGACACCAGCUGGUACAUCUGUAACACAGAACUGUCCUGAUAAUGCUGAACUGGACUCCAUUGAAAAAAUAACAAAAUAUUGUGACAAAAGGGGUAUGUGGAUCCAGACUGGGCCCACCUGCAAGCUAACGUCAAAGGACAAUUUAAAGCUUUUAGGUGAUGCCAAAGUAGAGCAAACCAUUGAGGUCACUGGAUCUAAUGGCACUAUCACCACAAAAAUAAUCCUCGUUAACCAAAACAAAUGCUUUGAAAAAAUGAACCGAGAGCCACCUUACAACCAAUCAGGGCCGUACUGUGGUCGUCUGUGGGACGGCUGGCUGUGCUGGGAUGAUACUCCGGUGGGAGCGUACGCCUCCCAAAACUGUCCCAAUUAUUUUGUCGACUUUGACCCCACAGAAAGGGUAAUUAAAUACUGCGGCGAGGACGGUCAGUGGUUUCAUCACCCAGAAAACAACAAGACCUGGUCCUACUACACCCGAUGCAUUAUCAAACCAAGGGACAAGGUUUUGGUGGAUGCUGUGGGCGAGCCUGUCACUGAAACCACAGUCAGUCCCAUAGUUAACCCAGAAGAAGAGGAACUUGUAAGGAAGAAAAUCCUUGACAGUCAGUACAAGUGCUUUGAGAAAAUGAAUCGAGAUCCACCGUACAACAAAUCAGGGCCGUACUGCAGUCGGAACUGGGACGGCUGGUUGUGCUGGGACGACACUCCAGCUGGAACCUACACCUCCCAAAACUGCCCCAAUUAUUUCGCCGACUUUGACCCCACAGAAAAGGCAACUAAGUACUGUGGUGAGGACAGGCAGUGGUUUCGCCAUCCGGACACCAACAGGACUUGGUCUAAUUACACACUCUGCAAUGCCAACACGAAGGAGAAGCUGAAGUCAGCAUACAUCUUGUACUACAUGGCGAUUGUGGGUCACGCUUUAUCCAUAGCCUCCCUGCUCAUCUCUCUGGCCAUCUUCUUCUACUUCAGGAGUCUGAGCUGCCAAAGGAUCACAUUGCACAAGAACCUCUUCUGCUCCUACGUGCUCAACUCUGCCCUCACCCUCAUCUACCUCAUUGCGGUUGUCAACAAUCCCGACGUGGUGGGCAGAAACCCGGUUGGGUGUAAGGUGUUACACUUCUUCCACAUGUACAUGCUGGGCUGUAAUUAUUUCUGGAUGCUCUGUGAAGGCAUCUACCUGCACACGCUGAUCGUGGUGGCUGUGUUUGCAGAAGAGCAGCAUCUGCACUGGUACUACCUCCUGGGCUGGGGAUUUCCCUUGGUGCCUGCAUCCAUCCAUGCCGUGGCACGGAAGAAGUACUUCGAUGACAACUGUUGGAUGAGCGUGGAAACUCAUUUGCUCUACGUGGUCCAUGGGCCAAUAAUGGCAGCACUUCUCGUGAAUCUCUUCUUCCUACUAAAUAUUGUAAGAGUGCUGGUGACCAAGCUGAGGGACACACACCGGGCCGAGUCCAACAUGUACAUGAAGGCGGUUCGAGCCACCCUGAUCCUGGUGCCUCUGCUGGGAAUUCAGUUUGUCAUUUUCCCCUGGAGGCCUGAGAACCGGCUGGCUGGAGAAGUCUAUGACUACAUCAUGCACAUACUCAUGCACUACCAGGGUUUGCUUGUAGCUACAAUAUUCUGCUUCUUCAAUGGAGAGGUGCAGGCAGCACUAAAGAGACAGUGGAUGCAGUACAAGACCCAGUGGGGUCAGAGACGGAAGGACCACUGCUCCAUGCGCUCCACGUCCUACACGGCCACCUCCGUCACAGAGGUGCCUGCCUUCAUUUUCCACCACGACUGCAGCAGCGAACACUUAAACGGACGGCACGCCGAUGACUCUGAACUGGUGGCACUGAAAUCGGGAGAUACAUACGCCUGAGCCACCGGAGGGGUUCCAAUGUACAGCAACGGACGUGUACAGUAAGAAAAUAAAAGAUUUGUGCCGUAGCUCAACGGUGAAAUCUCACAGGCGAGAGCUCAGGAUUCUGCGAAUAAUGAGGUGGAUUAGCGUUGAGACGGACGACUUAGAUUGCUGCUGUUUGAGAACUCUUGCG